UCUCACACAUGUGGUGAAGAGGCAAACUACGUAUCCCCUUGAUUCUCUCUCUCUCUCUCUCUCUCUCUCGAAAUCUUUGCAGAGGCUUUGGAUCUCUCUUCCUCUCUCUAGAUCUUGGGUAAGUUCUCCAGCCUCAGUUUCCUAAUUUGCUCAUUAGCUAUAGAUUCUCAGAAUCCCAUCAAUUUUGAUUUCCCGGAUUGUACAAUCUCAUUUCCAACCAUACCCAUAUCAAAUUUCUUGUACUAUCUACUUCAAUGGUUAGUAUUUUGAUCAAUAGUUGAUAGAACAUAGAGACCCAUAUGAAAUUUUCACCAAGAAACCCAUCGAUGGAUUCAAACGUGAGAUCUGAGAGUGAGAACCUUCUAUCUGCUGUUGUCCCCUUGAUGAAGCUUUUGACCUUAACCUUAAUUGGCCUCAUCCUUGCCCACCCAAAAACCCAACUUGUCCCUAGAGCUACAUUCAAGCUCUUGUCGAAGCUCGUCUUCGCCCUUUUCCUCCCAUGUCUCAUCUUUGUCCACUUGGGUGAGUCCAUUACUUUGGAUGAGAUCCUUCUAUGGUGGUUUGUACCCUUCAAUGUCAUCAUAAGCACCCUUGUCGGAUGCAUCUUGGGCUACAUUGUUGCCCUAAUUUGCCGCCCGCCGCCCCAGUUCUUUAGAUUUACUAUAAUCAUGACUGGAUUUGGAAACACGGGUAACCUCUCGAUUGCUAUAAUUAGUUCGGUGUGUGAUAGCAAAGGAAACCCCUUUGGUCAUGAUUGUCGCCGUACUGGAAUCGCCUAUGUUUCAUUUGCUCAGUGGGUUGCGGUAAUUCUGGUAUAUACUUUGGUUUAUCAUAUGAUGGAGCCUCCAAUGGAGUACUAUGAGAUAGUAUCGGAGAACAAUGAGAUUGAAGAGGUCCCGAUUAGUAGUACUACAAACAUCAGCAGACCUCUUCUUCAUGAAGGAGAAUGGCCGGGGAUGCAUGAUAAAGAAACCGAGCAUUCAAAGACACCAUUUAUCGCUAGAGUGUUCAUGAGCAUUUCAGGAUCGUCUCAGGCUAGUUUCCCCGAUCUUGAUUUGACUGAGACAGGGAAUACAAGCAAUGCCAAUGCCGGAACUAGUAGCCCUAAGUCUAUCAGAUGCUUGGCCGAACCAAAAAUGGUCAGAAGGAUGAGAAUCGUGGCAGAGCAAACUCCAAUCCAGCAUAUUCUUCAACCUCCCACUAUUGCUUCGUUGUUAGCUAUUAUUAUUGGGCUUGUUCCAUUACUGAAGAGUUUCUUCUUCGGGACCGAUGCACCGUUAUCUUUCAUAACUGAUAGUUUGGAGAUUUUGGCUGGAGCAGUGGUUCCAUCAGUGAUGUUGAUUCUUGGCGGUAUUCUUGCGGAGGGGCCUAAUGAUUCUUCUCUUGGGCUUCGUACAACUAUUGGGAUUACGGUGGCUAGGCUUCUUGUGCUUCCUCUGAUUGGGAUUGGGGUUGUGGCUUUGGCCGAUAAGAUGAAUAUUUUGGUGCAAGGUGAUGAGAUGUAUCAGUUUGUGCUCUUGUUGCAGUAUACAACGCCGAGUGCAAUAUUGCUAGGGGCUAUUGCGAGCUUGAGGGGCUAUGCGGUGAAGGAGGCUUCAGCGCUUUUGUUCUGGCAGCAUGUUUUUGCUGUGGCUUCUCUUUCGGUUUAUAUCGUAGUCUACUUCAGGUUGCUUUCCUAUGUUUGAGGUUCGCAUUUCCUAAGCUUUAUUUUGUUUGUUUGUUGAAUGUUUGUUUAGUAAAUAGUGGUGAAUAGACUGUACUAUAUGUUUGUUUGUUUGUUUAUGGCAAUUAGGGUUUGGUUGGAUAUACACCUUUGUCUCAGAACAGUCAUCUGUCCUCAUUGAAAUUUUUCAGAUUUGCUAUUUGAUUACAGUUGCAUUCAUUUCUACA